AUGUCUGCUCCAAUGGAAGGAAGACAGCCUGACAAGGAAAAACCAAAUCCUAUAAAGACUGAGUGGAAUUCUCGCUGUUUCCUUAUCACCUAUUUUCAAGGGGACAUAGGCACCGAGGUGGAUGGACACUUUUCCAGAGCUCUGAGCAACAUGGAAAACCCUUCAGGGCUGAGCCAAGAUGUGACCCCAAGGAAUGACCCUGAUCUUGAUCCCUCCGUGAAACCAGAACCAUUAGACAUCACCAAUGCACAGGAGACACUGGAAACACAGGGUUCUAGUGUGAAAUAUGAAUUUGACCCUGAUCUUAAUCCCUCCGUGAAACCAGAACCAUUAGACUUGACCAAUGCACAGGGGAUUCUGGAAACACAGGGUUCUAGUGUGAAAUAUGAAUUUGACCCUGAUCUUCAGGCCUCCGUGAAACCAGAACCACUAGACAACACCAAUGAACAGGGGACUCUGAACAUGCAAGGUUCUAGUGUGAAAUACGAACUUGACCCUGAUCUUGAUCCCUCUGUGAAACCAGAACCAUUAGCCAUGACCAAUGCACAGGAGACUCUGGAAACACAAGGUUCUAGUGUGAAAUAUGAAUUUGAACCUGAUCUUUAUCCCUCCAUGAAACCAGAGCCAUUAGACGUGACCAAUGCACAGGGAACUCCAAAAGCACAAGUUUCUAGUGUGAAAUACGAACUCGGCUCUGAUCCUCACCACUUCAUGAAACCAGAACCAGCAGAGUUGACCGAUGUACAGGAGACUCCGAGAAGACAAGUGGCUAGGGUGAAACGCGAACUUGAUAGUAGCAUGCCUCCAAGACAGUGGGUUCCCACUCCGCAGUGGAGACCGCCACUGCCUGAAACCCCUCUCACAAAUGCUGGAGGCAGUAGCUCUGCGUUUGUGCCCCCUACUAUGGCUCCGAAUCGGUACCCAAGACCUGUGCCCGGGAGCUUCCCUAUCCAGCCCAGAGAGCAGUGGCCUUUCCCCUCUCUGGCCGGCCCCAGAGCCGCCCAGCCUGUCUUCCACCCUCGUGCCUUCCUCGGAGGUCACCUGGUUCCGCAACUCAGGCCUGAAGAGAAACAGCUCUUUCAAAGUCACUAUUAUCCGGAGAGCUACCUGCCCUACCCGACUCAAGAGCUCCUCAUGAGGCAGAACCCUGAGGAGGCGGCUGCAGCGGCGGCAGCUGCCGAGGCAUUUUAUCGAAGAGCUGGAUUGCCCUUCUACCUGCCUCCUGGCCCUGCCUACUGUAAGAACACGCCUACAAAUCCUGGGAGGCUUGCCUCUGGUUGCGGGGGAGAAUUCGUUAGCAUGGGGGACGGGAAAAUGACUUGGUUCCAUUGCAGACCUGAGGUUAUAGAGAUGCAAUAUUCUGGUUAA